GUCCGAAUCCAUCAACAUGCAAUGAUCUUUGGCGAAUGGUCUGGCAAGUUGAGUGUGCAACAAUAGUAAUGACAACGCAACUUGUAGAACAUGGCAAGGUGAAAUGCCACAAAUACUGGCCUGAUAUAAACGAUGGUGCAACUGUGUAUGGUAAUAUCCAAAUACAAAAUAUAAAGGAAGACAAAUAUGCAGACUGCGUGUUGAGACGAUUUCAAGUAAGAGAGGUUGGGGGAGAGGUUAGACGUGAGGUGAAGCAAUUUAAUUUUCUUCUGUGGCCCGACAUGGGUGUACCUAAAUACCCAUCUCAAGUACUGUCAUUUCUAAGACGCGUCAAUGCUCACAACCCACCCAACGCAGGCCCAAUUGUAGCACAUUGUAGUGCUGGAAUUGGUAGAACAGGAACAUUCAUUACUUUAGACGCCAUGUUGAAAAUGGCGAAGGAAGAAGGCACGAUCGACAUCUUUAAAUAUGUGAUGUCGGCAAGGAGAAACAGAAUGAACUUUGUACAGACUUUUAAUCAGUAUGAAUUCAUUUAUACGGCACUGUUAGAAGCUACAUUGGUUGGGAACACAGAAAUACCUUCUACAGAAUAUAGAAGCGUUUUGAAAAACCUAAAAUGCCCCGAUGAAUAUGGACAGAAGGUUAAAUUAGUAAAAGAAUUCGAUAAUUUGAAUCGAUUUUGUAUUGCCCCGACUGACAUUGAAUGUAAAGCUGGAUUGGACCCGAGAAACCAGUUAAAGAACAGAUAUCCAGAUAUUGUACCAAUCGACAUGCAAAUACCACGGUUGAUAACGCCACUCAACGAAGAUGAUUCUUCAAACUACAUCAACGCAUCGUUCUUUACGGCAUACACGCGUAAUGAUGCAUUGAUAGUCACUCAAAUGCCACUACAUAACACAAUUACAGACUUUUGGAGAUUGAUCUACGAUUGGAAAUCAAACACUAUUGUAAUGUUAAAUGACAUGGACAAAGACUUGGUAACUGGGAAAUAUUGGUCUGAUGGUAAGGCAGUGGAACACGGCCCAUUUACUGUUAAACUCAUAUCAAUACAACUGUACGAUGAGAUCAUUGAACGGAAGUUUGAACUAAUUAACAAGAGGAAAAUGAAUAACGAGUCCCAUCGACUUAUUACCCAAUAUCAAAUAACAGAUUGGUCCCCAGAAGACGUUCCUCGUUCUAAGACUGUGAUGAUGCGAUUAGUGACAAUGAUUGAAAAAUAUCAACAGUCUGGGGAUGGACCGAUAACUGUGCAUUGCAGGAAUGGCAUCGGUCGUAGUGGUGUGUUCUGUGCAGUUGUUGCCGUACUUGAACGAAUUAAAGUGGAACAGAUGGUGGAUGUGUUUCAAGCUGUUAAGGCACUGAGAAUCAAUCGGCCUGGAAUGAUUGAAACUGUG